AUGAGCAAAGAAAGAGAAAAAGCUGGAGUCAACUAAAGGACUUUAUUCAGCACUGAAUGACAUUCGACUAAUCUAAACAGGACAUCCUGCUAAAAACAUGAAUGAAAACAGUCAGAUGGAUCCACCAACUAUGCUCUGUGACAUGUGUACAGAGGAGGACAGGAAACCAGCAAAGAAGACCUGCAUGAAGUGUGAGAUCUCCAUGUGUGUCCAGCACCUCCAGGCUCACCUGACCACACCUGUGCUCCUGCAGACUCAUCCUCUGACUGAACCCAUGGCUUUAUGUGGGAAAACUAAAUGUUCUCAGCACAGCAAGAUCCUGGAGUAUUACUGCUUGGAUGACAUGACCUGUGUGUGUGUAUCCUGUGCCAUUGAGGACCAACACCGCCUACACGACAUGAAGACCUUCUCCACAGCCCAUGAAGAGCUCCUGGAGAAGCUCAAAGCUGAGCAGCAGAUCUUACAGGAGAAAACAGACGAUGAGGAUGUGAGUUUGGAAAAGUGGGAGAAGAGUGAAAGAGGGAAGCUGGGUUGCUGCAGUGUGCGUCUGAUUGAGGCUGUGACUAACCUGCGUGACAUCUCUCUGAGCAGCAUCCAGAGUUCAGUCUCUGCUCGUAUGGUGUCCCUCAAGACCAGCAAGAGCAGCAUUGAAGCAGCACUGAAGGAGAAGGACACCUUCAGAUUCCUGCAGAUGUAUUCUCAGCUGCAUCAGGAUGUGGAGAAGGCCAAAGCUGUGGAUCUGAGAAAAGGGCUGGAGCCGGGCAGCGAUCGUGACAAACUGGUUGAGGAGAUAAGACAGAAUGGGGAGAAGAUCAUGAUGCAAGCAUCUCAGUUCUGGGGAUCAUUGCUGACUCUGGUUGAUCCUGAGAACCAUCAGGAGCUUGUUCCCACUGAUUCUGAUCUGGAGACCUUCCCUUCUAGCUCUGACCUGUUAUUUGUUCCACAGUCUCUGAGUCCUGGCAUGUCGCUGUCCACUGACUAUAGGAAGGUUUUCCAUAGUCGCUCGAUGAGACUUUGUUCUUCUCACAUCUUCUGCAUUAAGAGUACACUGCUUGUUCCUGACUUUAAGAGAUGGAUGAUCAGCAUUUCCAAAGACUGUGACUGGAUCAUUGGUUUAUGUGACAGCAGUUACAUAAACGAUAUGAAGAAUGGAUAUGUCUAUGGCCUACGCUGCCAAGGUGAGCAGCUCAUCUCUCUCACAACAGAGUAUAGUUUGGUUCAGGAUCAAAGUGUCCGUUUGAUGAUAGCUGGGAACCAGACAACUGAAAAUCCCAGACAGUACUAUAAGCCAGUGGUUUCCCAUCAGGUCCUCAACACUCCAAGGGUUAAACAGGUGACCGGACCACAACAAGUGGAAGUUGUAUGGAGCUUUCCUGACUCAUUAUCAUUCUUCAGCAGGAUCGGGCAGCACCAGAGAAUAAAAUUACUCACAGUAAAAAUCAGCUCUACCAGCUUGGACCUCAAGCCUUUUGUUUGUCUUGAAGGUUUAGACAAGGAAGAAUCACAGAAGUCCUCUGGUCUUUUUGCAUUUUCAGGUCAGCAACAAUAUCAGACAAGCUCUUUUGGGAUGGGUUUUGGUACUGUUGGUACUGGAUUUUCAUUUGGAUCCCGUACGUCUUUCCAGUCAGCCUCUUCUCGUGGAGGGCUUAUUGGUUCCCCGCCAAUCACAGUGGUACUUUGUGAACUUCUGUAGCUGACACCAGUGCUGCUGCCUAAAGCCCACAUCACCACAUUUUUUUGUUAAUCGCAUUCACUUGUAGUUCCAAUGAAAAUGCUAAUUAUCAGUAAAUGAAUAUGAGGUGCUGGCUGUGCAAAAGUCUCAUUAGUGCUAAAACUGGCAAAGAAAGUUUAAAGUAGGUUUGGUCAUCAUAAGUGUGUCAUGGUCCUGGGUCAUUGAUCCAGGUUGUUCUGUUUUGGACUCUUAAAUUCUCUCACUUUAUAUCUCUGUUUGAAUCUAAGUUUAUUGUAGUUUAUUAUUUGCAGCUCUCGUGGUGGUGUGUUCAUCUGUUCCUGUUUUUGCCUGAAGUUUCUUAGUUUCUGGGUUACCUGUUCAGUUUCCACCCUUUGGAGGUUUUGUAUCAAAUCUUAGAUUUGAGCAAUAAAGCUUCUUCAAGUUAACAUCUGUCUGCCGAGUGCUGCGUUUGGGUCCAAACUCUGCCUGCCACACCGCCCAUCAUGGCAAAGUGAUGCAAAGCUGACAUUCCAAAUUAAAAAUGUAAACUAUACUAUUAAUUAAUAACUAAUAAGAUUUUGUGCCAAAUUAUUACUGUUUUAUUUCUGCCUGACCUUAAUUUGCUUGUCUUUUAUUACAAAUCUUUUCUAUAUAAAAACAAAAAUGUGUUUGCAAGUCAAACUUAAAUGGGUGUUAUGUUGUCACAUUCAUAUUUCUAUGGUCAAACUUGUCCGGCUCCACCUGUUCCAUACUUGUUUUAGCUGUCCAAAGUGCAGUACGUGAAAAUAACUCAAAUAAUCUAAACUGCUGUGCAGUGCUGCUGGGCAGAUUAAUGACUGAGAGACCAGGCUGGUUCAGGAGAUAAGACCGUAUGGGGAGAAAAUGCUGAUGCAAGAACUCAGUUCUGGGGAUCAUUGCUGACUCUGGUUGAUCCUGAGAACCGUCAGGAGUUUGUUCCCACUGAUUCUGGGUCCUGAUAUGUCACUGUCCAAAGACAACAGGAAGUUUUUCCAUAGUCGAUGGAUGGGAGAUUCCUUUACCAAUCUUCUCAUUAGUGGUACCAAAUCAAUUACCAGCUAUCAGAGGUGGAUGGUCAGUCUCUCCAAAGAGUCUGAUUGGAUGAUUGGUUUAUGUGAUGAAAAAUGUGCAAUAAACCUCAAGGCCAAGAUAACCAGCUCAGCAGUCUCAUAACAGAGUGAUGAUGAUUCUCAAUCAUCCACUACAGAAGGCUUGAAGGUGAAAAACACUGACAUGACCAAAGCAGGGACCCAACUCAAGACAACUUCUGAAUUAAAAAAAAUAUCAGGAGGAGAAUGAAGAAGAGCCCGUACCAUGACCAGAAAAGGGUGGAGGUGUUGUGGAACUUUGAAUCCUCCAUCCUGUCCUUCUUCAGGAGAACUGCUCUGCACCAGAAGGAAGAAAUAAUCACAGUUGAGAUAAGCCUCAACAACUGCAGUUUGACCCCAUUUGUCCGACUGGGAAAGGAGGAUGUCCACAGCAAUUCCCAGCAGCAGUGGAAACAUUCAUGUGGGAAAGUUUACUACUGGGAUGGUAAUGGAUAUCAGGAUUGUAGUUCUGGCCACUGUCACCAAGCUAAAUGUUCCUGUGGAAAAGUUCUUGGUGUCACAGAGAUGGUUUGUGCACUUUGCUAAUCUGAACUCUGCUCAUCAUUUAGUUUUUUGCUCUCACUGAAUGAAAAUACGUUUAACUGUUUCUGAGUGGUUGUGAGAUGAAUACAGUGUGAAGCAUCUUCAGUGAUUCACUUGCAUUUUUUUAUUUUUAAUAUUAGCUUUGCAUUUGCUUCCAAUGUAGCAACAAAGUCCUUUAGUUUCAACUGUUUCUGUUUUAUUUCACCUGCAAAUUAAAGAUGUUUGUCUCCAUCUGCUGGCAGUGCAAACAGCUCUGUGGUCUUAUUAAUGAAACAAAGAAACACAUGUUUUGUCUCACCCUGUAAGUGAUCUGAUCAAUAAUAUAGUGAGUUGAUUUUUAAU